CUCCUUUUCAUAAUUGUACUUGUAUAUAUAUACUCCGUAUUUAAUAAUUCUCCCAAGAAACCUUUCCGCCGAGUUUCGUCCUGCCGCCACCGCCGCCACCGCCGCAGGCACGUGACGAUGGGCGGCAAACUACUCCCGCAGUCGCCGCCGUCCGGCGUAAAAUUAGGGCGAACCAGCAGUAGCGAUGGCGGCGGGAGUGGAAACAUCAUUCUCAACAAGUACCAGCUUGGCCCGCUUUUAGGCCGCGGCAGCUUUGCGAAGGUCUACCAGGCCCGCUGCCUGGAAGACGACUCCACGGUGGCGGUCAAAGUCAUCGACAAGGGCACCACCGUUAACCCCUCGAUCGAGCCGCUGAUGAUCCGAGAGAUCUCCGCCAUGCGGCGGCUGAAAGACCACCCGAACAUCCUGAAAUUGCACGAAGUCAUGGCGACCAAGACCAAGAUCUACCUCGUCAUGGAGCUCGCUCACGGCGGCGAGCUCUUCACGAAGCUCUCCAAGCGCGGCCGCUUCUCCCUCGCCACCGCCAGGUAUUAUUUCCACCAGCUAGUUUUCGCCCUACACUUCUGCCACCAGAACGGCAUCACCCACCGCGACAUCAAACCUCAGAAUCUCCUCCUAGACAAGGACGACAAGCUGAAGAUAUCCGAUUUCGGGCUCUCGGCCUUGCCGGAGCAGAUCCAGGACGGUCUCCUCCACACUGCGUGCGGUACUCCGGCCUACACCGCCCCGGAGGUGAUGAUUAGGAAAGGUUAUGACGGCGCAAAGGCGGACGCUUGGUCUUGCGGAGUCAUCCUCUUUGCUUUUCUCUCUGGACGCCUUCCAUUUGACGAUGGCAAUAUAGCGAACAUGUACCGUGCAAUGCGUAGCCGGGCAUUUCAGUUCCCGGAGUGGAUUUCAAAGCCUUCCCGGAACAUAAUCUACCGUCUUCUUGAUCCUAAUCCUGAAACAAGAUUAAGCCUUGACGGUUUAAUGAGGCUUCCUUGGUUCAAGAAGUCAUCAUCCCAAUUAGAUUUGAGGGAGGAAGAACAAAAAUUCCAGGAUGAGCAGGGUUGUACAAAACACUUGAGCAUGAUGAAUGCUUUCGAUAUAAUAUCAAUGUCUUCUGGGUUGGAUUUAUCUGGGUUCUUCCAGGUGGGAACGAACAAGAAAGAUAUGCGUUUCACCACAAAUGCUACAGAUGUGGGAGAGGUUGAGGAGAAGGUAAGGAAAAUCGGGGGUGAGGCUGGGUAUAGGUCGGAGAGGGGAAAAGAAGGGAUGAUUAGGUUGGUGAAAGAAAGAGUAACCUUGGUAGUUGAAAUUAUUAAAGUGGCGGGAGAGCUAUGGUGGGUGGAGAUGAAGGUCGUUAAUGGAGAAGCAGAAUUGGAUGAGAAGCGGUGGGAGGAAUUGAGAGUUGGGUUGAAAGAUUUAUGCUGUUUCAUGGUAGAAUGAUCAUGCAUUUCAUUAAUGUGGAACGGGAGGAAAAUGGUGGUGGUUUGAGCUGAAUUUGUACCGGAAAAGAUGGAAGGAAGCUCUGUUCCAAAUGUCAGCACUUCUAGUGAAGGUAGAAGAGUAUAGAGAGAACUCUGUUCUUGUAAAUGGUAGUUUUUCUUUUGUAUUUUAUUAUUUAUUAAUUAAUUAAUUUGUCAUCACAGAGACUACUAUAGGUUUAUAUAUACAUCAUCACUUCAUUUGAAUGCCAUUCAUCCUUAUACACUCCCUAAUCCCUAAUUCAGAGCUAGUAUGCUUUUGUAGUCUUAAUACACUCACUGAUACAAAAAUAGAGAAAUGUUUUU